AUGGCGGACGCCGGCAAGCUGCGGGCGGCCCACCUGCUCGUCAAGUUCAGUGGGAGCCGCAACCCUGUUUCCCGCAGGACUGGGAAGAGCACCGCGGACGUCUCGUACGACGCGGCGCUUGCCGAGCUGCAGCAGUGGGCAAAGAAGAUAUCCGAUGGCCAGCUGACAUUUGAGGAUGCGGCACGCCAGCGCAGUGACUGCGGCAGCUACAGCAGCGGCGGUGACUUGGGCUACUUCGGCCCCGGCGAGAUGAUGAAGCCCUUCGAGGACGCCGUUCGUUCGUUGAGGGUCGGCGAGGUUAGUGGGGCCGUGCAGACAGACAGCGGCCUCCACAUUAUCAAACGACUGGCGUAG